AUGGAAGACAAACCCCUUACUCUCGAAGCUACCUGUAUCAUGUGUCCACGUCGCGGUUUGAAAAUCUGUCCUAACUGCAAGGACGCCCGUUACUGCUCCAAGGACUGUCAGAAGCUCGAUUGGAAGAAUCACAAGAUCAUUUGCCCAUCCUUCCGAGAGCCUAAGCCUGAUGUGACCGAACCGAACAAGCGCAUGAACGGUAUUAUCGAUGACAUCUUCCCCCUGCGUGGCUUGGUGAAUUUCCGGCGCGCUCUUUUCUUCCCGGGCCGCGACCAGCCACCCCGAUUUGUCUGGGUCAAAACUUGGAUCGCAUAUCCAGGAUAUGAACAAUGGGAUAAAGAGGAAUUCUUCGGCGAGAGUGAGACAGAACGAGUCUUUACUGCACACAACUCAAUUCAGGCCCGGGACGCCUGCCGUGACGAGGAUGAUACACUUAUACUCUUUUUCAGGCAGGAUGCGACUAGCCACGCACCGAAUCUCGCAGUACGAGCUUUCACUCGUGCAGGAACCUGCGCAAACUACUUCAGGGGCCCAAUCAUGCUCACGCGCGGCUUUAUCGACCAUUCCGGAAACGACCAUAUGAGAGAUGUCGAUAUGCGCGAUGCAAGAAAUGCCGCAGACUACUUCAGUUCAGCAUACCGUCAAGGAAUCAGGGAUCCUUGUCUUGCGAACGAGCGCUUUCUGGCAACAGGUGUGUCUGGCCCCGAGCUUACCACCCGCUCUGGCAGAGCAACAAAAUACCUGGAGUGCGUCUUGGACGGCUGCGAUUCCGUCUUCCGAGCGGAGGGCAGCGGCAUUGCCAAUCUCCUGGGCAUUCCGAUUCUGAUCCGCCCCUAUAACCCGCCAAAACCAAAACGCAACCAGUUCGGGUUUUGGAUCCAGGAAGAUAAUGAGGAUCGUAGCCGGGAAGAAAACACUGCCGGCCCCGAAAACGUCGAUGUGAAGUUUCUGCUCCGAGACAUUACCUCUACAACCACUGGCCCGCAAGGCACAACUGCAGAAAUGGCCCGUUUUCGAACCGAUGACAGAGACUACGCCGGCGAGAACGGCUUCGGAUCAUCACCGAAGCCAUGGAACAUCAAGGGCCCUGUGUGGAUGACUCGCGCUGAUGGUGUGCCGCUGAUGCGCGAACAUGUUGAAGCACUGGCAAGUUACAUUCGUGACGAAGUGGAGCCACGCUUGUCCAAGGCAUUAGCAGGAGUGGCUUCUGGUGGUGUUGUCGCUGGUCGAGAAACUGUGCUCAAUUCUAUCACUCCGACCGACUUCUCCAGAUACUUUGAUGCUUUCAGGGCCGCGAAGAUGAGGCACGAUUCUUGUUGGGAGAAAGCGCCGUCUCCAUACGCAAUGACAAAGGAUGUCAUGGCAGACCUAAAGGUCAUGAUGCACGUGAUGUGGGAACAUCUGAAGAAGGCAGGCUUCAAACAGCAGAGUGAUAUUGACCCUGGUUUGCGACCUGGGGUACUAGGGCUUAGACCGUGAGGUUAUUGUACCAAGGAAGGUCCGCAACCGGCAUAGUUUGAUCACGGCAAGCUUGCUCCAAGGUGGCUAUGCAUCGUCGAGCUCGACCUCUACGAUGGGGCGCGUGAUGGGGUG